AUGGCUAACGUUGGCAAACUAACGCUUUUGCACCUCAAUAACUCUACCUCGCAGCGCAUCCUCUGGCUCCUCGAAGAACUGGGCAUAGACUAUGAGCUCAAGCUACACAAGCGGAUUCACGAUCGUGCUCCUUCCGAACUGAAAGAAACUCAUCCCAUGGGCAAAGCGCCACAACUCAUUCUUGCAGACGGCCGCGUUCUCAUUGAAUCGAGCUGCAUCGCAAAAUACCUCAUCGAUACAUAUGACACUGAGAACAAAUUCAAAGGAGAUGGCGGCAGGAAUGACGCCCUUCGUGAUCAGAUGUUGUCAGACUUUAUUGCGUCGAGCAUGAGUACGAACUUCAUCGUAGGGGUUUUAUUCCUGGCUCUUGCAUCUAGAACUCCCUUUUUCGUGCGACCACUUGUGUCAGGUUUGUGGAAGGCUAUGCGAGCAGGAUACUGGGACGAUGAUGUGGACAAGCAGCUAAAGUUUAUCGAAGCAGAGCUUGAAGGUCAAGACUACCUGAUGGGUGCGUCUCCCGGCCGACCAGACUUCCUGCUCACGUUCGUGUACGACAAUUUUCACCAGCGGCGUCUGAUUGAUGCAAGCAAAUAUCCCGUGGCCAAAGCCUGGCGCGAGCGAUGCGAAGCAAGACCAGCAUGGAAGCGCAGCCUAGAAAAGGGCAAUGGCUAUGAUCUAUCGGAUUUCGAUGGCUGA